GUUGCCAGGUCACCACGAGACAGUAGCAGAAGUGGGGAGAAGCUGGAAUUGGCCAUGUCCAACCUCACUGCGGAUGUCCUGGAAUUACUCCUGGAGUUUGUUUAUACAGGUUCUUUGAUCAUAGAUUCAGCCAAUGCAAAAACCCUACUGGAAGCUGCCAGCAAGUUCCAGUUUCAUACUUUCUGUAAAGUCUGCGUUUCAUUUCUAGAGAAACAGCUGACUGCUAGCAACUGCUUAGGAAUAUUAGCCAUGGCUGAAGCCAUGCAGUGCACUGAACUAUACAACAUGGCCAAAGCAUACGCCCUGCAGAUUUUCCCAGAGGUGGCAAACCAAGAAGAGAUCCUUAAUAUCUCAAAAGACGACUUCAUUUCCUACAUGUCUAAUGACAGCCUGAACACCAAAGCGGAGGAGCUGGUGUAUGAAACAGUGAUAAAGUGGAUUAAGAAGGACGCUGCAAUCAGAGCUCAGUAUGCUGCAGAGCUGCUGGCAGUGGUGCGCCUCCCCUUCAUCCAUCCCAGCUAUCUGCUAAACGUUGUUGACAACGAAGAGUUGAUAAAGUCUUCGGAGGCUUGCCGGGAUCUAGUGAAUGAAGCCAAACGUUAUCACAUGUUGCCACACGCCCGACAAGAGAUGCAGACGCCGAGGACCCGGCCCAGGCUCUCUGCAGGUGUAGCUGAGGUAAUAGUCUUAGUUGGGGGUCGUCAGAUGAUUGGCAUGAAUCAACGUGCUUUAACAGCAGUCACUUGCUUAAAUCCUCAAAACAACAAGUGGUACCCGUUGGCCAGCCUGCCCUUCUAUGAUCGAGAGUUUUUCAGUGUGGUCAGCGCUGGGGACAACAUCUAUCUCUCAGGCGGCAUGGAGUCGGGUGUCACGCUCGCUGAUGUCUGGUGUUACAUGUCCUUGCUCGAUAACUGGAACCUCGUGUCCCGCAUGACGGUCCCAAGGUGUCGACAUAACAGUCUGGUGUACGAUGGGAAAAUUUACACCAUUGGAGGGGUCGGUGUGGCAGGCAACGUUGACCAUGUGGAAAGGUACGAUACGAUAACGAACCAGUGGGAGACCAUCGCUCCUCUGCCAAAGGCCGUCCAUUCGGCCGCUGCGACCGUUUGCGGUGGGAAGAUCUACGUCUUCGGUGGGGUGAACGAAGCUGGCCGAGCUGCGGGAGUCUUGCAGUCCUACAUCCCUCAGACUAAUUCGUGGAGUUUUAUAGAGUCUCCAAUGAUCGAUAACAAAUAUGCUCCUGCAGUCACUCUCAAUGGGUUCAUCUUUAUUCUUGGAGGAGCUUAUGCACGAGCAACCACCAUCUAUGACCCAGAGAAAGGCAAUAUUAAAGCAGGUCCCAACAUGAACCACUCCAGGCAGUUCUGCAGGGACACAGCAUUUCCCAAAGUGCGCAUCCAGGACCCUACUAUGGUUCAUGUGUCUCUUCACAUUCAGAAAGACGGGCUUGUUUCAGGCAUUGUUCAGCGCCAGCCUCUCACAGAGCAGUUCCCUGCACGGGGGACUGGCCAAGCUGUUGGUUUCACAGGGAAAAGCCGUGGCUGGACCACAAACCCUGCCGCGGGCAGCCACGGGCACCGG